AUGUUAAACAAAAAUAAUAAUAAAGAAUAUUUCAAUAACAGAAAUAUAAAAAAAAAAAUGAAUGAAAAAUAUAUUAGAAAAGCUUUUAGUAAAAAUUGUAAAAUUGAAAAUAGCGUAAAUGAUUAUUUUCCUGAUAAAAAAAGCAACAAUACAAAAUUGAAUGAAAACGUAAAUAAUUUAAGUACAUUUGAUAAUAAGUAUUCAAAUGAAAUUAAUAAAUGCGAAAAAAAUGUAAAGAGAAAUAAUGAAAGAAUUUAUAAAGGAAAUAUUAUUAACUCUAAAAAUAAAAAUUUUAAGAAUCAUAUAAAAAAAAAUAAUGGAAAUUUUGAAAAUGUAAAAUAUGAUUUAUGUUUUAGUAAUAAUGAAAAAAUAAAAAUUUUAACAGAAACAAUAAAGAAAAUACAUGAAAACAACUUAAAUAAAGUAUUAAAAAACACUAUUAAUAAUAUCAAUAGUAAUAAUAGUAAUAAUAAUUUGACUAAUAAUAAUAAUUGUAACAGUGAUAAUAUUAAUAGUAGUAAUAAUAAUAAUAAUAAUAUUAUUAAUAAUAAUAGCUAUAACAACAUUGGCAGUAAUAUCACUAAUAAUAAUGGUUAUAACAAUGAUAAUAAUAAUAUUAUAAGUAAUAAUAUUGCUAAUAAUAAUAUUUGUUGCAGUAGCAAUAAUAGUAAUAAUAUUAUAAAUAAUAAUAUAGUUAAUAAUAAAGGUUAUGAUAUUAUUAACAAUAACACUACUAAUAGUAAUAGUUAUAAUAAUUUUAAUAAUUAUAAUACUUUUAAUAAUAAUAGUAACAAUUAUAGAAUUGACAAUAAUAAUUAUAAUAAAAAUAAUAAUUAUAAUUAUAAUAGUAACAAUAAUAAUUAUAGUUAUAAUUAUAAUAAUAAUAAUAGAAAGAAUAAUAAUAAUAGUACUAUUAAUAGUAAUAAUAAUAGUAUUAAUAAAAAUAAUAAUUUUAAUUAUAAUAGUAAUAAUUAUAGUUAUAGUUAUAAUAGUAAUAAUAAUAGAAAGACUAACGAUAAUAGCACUAUUAGUAUUAAUAAUAAUAGUAUUAAUAAAAGUAAUAAUAAUAUUAUAAAUAGUAAAAAUGAUGAAAAUAUAAUAAAAAAUAAUAACAAUAACAAUAACAACAAUAAUAAUAAUAAUAAUAGUAACACUAAUAAUUAUUGUAAUAAUAUUAAUAAUUUAAAUAAUAAUAAUAUAAAUAAUAUUAAUGAUGAAAAUAUUAUAAGUAACAAUAAUAUUUAUAAUAAUAAUAACAUUAGUAGCAAUAAUAAUAAUAAAAACAAUAUUAAUAAAAAUAAUAAUAAUAAUACUAAUAAUUAUAAUAGUAUUAGAGAUACUAUUAAUACUAGAUAUAAUAUUUAUAACAACAAUAACAGAAAAGGUUUUGUUAUCAAUAGUAACCAGGGUGAUAGUAAUAUUAUUAUUAAUAGAUAUAGAAAUAGUAAUGGUAACAAUAGUGUAUAUAUCAACGGAAGCCAUAGUUUCAAUAAUAAUAGUAUUUGGAAUAAUAAUAAUAUAAAUAAUAUUAUCAAUAAUAAUAAAAACAUCAAUAAUAAUAUUAUUGACAACAACAUUAGUAUUAGCAAUAAUAAUAGUAAUACAAAUAAUAAAAUAAAGAAUAUUAAUAAUAAAAAUAAUAUUAAUUAUAACAGAAACGAUAUUAAUAAUAAUAUUAACAAUAACUUUAGCAAAAAUAAAAAUGAUAACGAUAGUAUUAAUAAUAUUAACAAUAGCUUUAAUAAAAGUAAAAAUAGUAAUAAAAUUAAAUAUAACGAUGAUUUUGAGAAUGUUAAUAAUGAUAAAUUAAAAAAAAAUAAGAAAUCGAAAUACUUAAAGAGUAUACUAAACUUAAAAGACAGUUCUGCUGAUGAUAAAAAAGAAAGUAAUUUAUCUAAUAGUUUUUCAUUUAAUGAAGAUAGAAAUAAACUAAGCAAAAAAAGAACAGACUCAAAAAAUUCUAAUUACUUCCAAGUAAGUGAUUUGAAAGAGGAUGAUUUUCAAUAUAACAAAAACAUUGAUAACAAAAAUAAUGAGGAAAAGAGAAUUCUAGAUAAUAGUAAGCUCAAAUACAAAAAAAAGAAUACUAAAAAGAAAAGUUCACAUAAUAGUAUUAUAAAUAAAAGUUCUAUUAAAAAUUUUCAAUAUGAUAUAUCAGAAAUAGAAAAUAAUGAAAGAGAUGAUAAUAUUUUAUUGGAAGAGAAUCAUAACAAAGGAAAAAAUAUUAAAAAAAAAAUUUCAAAUAUAAAAAUUUCUAAAAAUUUUUUUCUUCAAAUAAAUGACGAUAAUACAAGUAGAAAUAGUUCUUUUUGUUUAAAAAAUAAGGAAGCAAGAAAAAAAAUUAUAAUAAUAGAAGAAAAUGAUAAUUUAUCUUUAAAAAGUAAAAUAAAAAAAAAAUAUUUGACUAUUGAUGAGACUCUGAUAUUAUUAAGUUUAGUUCAUGAGGUUAAUAUGAAAAGGUUUAAUUCAAAUGAAAUAAUAUCUAGUAAAGAUUCCUUAAUGGAACAAUUUAUGUUAUAUAAUAUAUUAUCUUAUGAUAUAACUAAUUUAAAAAGCCCAUUAAAACUCAUAUAUACAUUUUGCUUAUUUAAAAAUUUAAAAUUUUAUUAUAAAAUACAAAAUAAAAAUAUUUAUUUAGAAGAAAGAGCACCACCUCAUUAUAGAAUAAAAGACAAUUUAAUAGAUACUCAUUCUAUUAUCCUAGGAAUGUUUGAUAAUUAUCAUCAAAAUAUAAACAAACAAAACAUGUCUUUAAUGGAAUUUAUUAAUUCUUUUUAUCUGAAUAUUCAUAACAUAAAGUUUUCUAAGAAAAACGUUCAACCAAAAACGUUUGACAAUUUUAUUUUAUCAGAAAAAGAUAAUGGUAAAAUUGCUUCAAUGUGUUCAAAUAGGCCUGUUUUAUAUUCAAAUUAUUUAAAUGAUGAAAGUGAACUAAAUGAAGUGGAUUCUAAUAUUUUAAAUGAUAAAGAUAGUGAAAUCAUAAAUAAUUAUAGUGAUAUAAGAAAUGAGAUAAAGAAUAAUAAAAAUGAUGAUACCAAAUAUAACAAAAAAAUUUAUGGAGAGAAUAAUAUAAAAAGUAAUGAUAGAAAUAUUAAAUACAUAAAUAUAAAUAAAAUUAAUAAUGACGAUAAUUAUGAUAAUAACAAUAUUGAUGAUUAUGAUGAAAAUAUAAAUAAAAAGGAUGAUAAUAAUAAGAAUAACAGUAUGUGUCUUAUGAAUAAAAAUAGGAAUUGCAAUAGCAAAUACAAUAAUUACAGCAGUUAUAAAAAAGAAAUUGAUUAUGGAUAUUCUGAUACAAGUAUAAGAAAAAAGGAAAAUAAAAUUCUUGAUAAAAGACAAGAAAAUGUAAAAAUGGAAGCAAAGGAAAAAAAUAACUUUAAUAAAAAUAAAAAAGAAUUAUGUAUUACCAUUAAAAAAAAAGAUACUAUUAAUGAUGAAAAAAACGAUAAAGAAAUGUUAUUUGUUCAUCAAAGAAGGAAACGAAAGUUUUAUGUUUAUGAUAAAGUGGAAGGUUGUUUAUAUGCAUACAAAAAACAGAAGGUUUCUUCAACAGACAAUACUUUAGUAAAAAAAUAUAAUGAAAUGAAAAAUUGUAAUAUUAAAUCAUAUGAAUUAAAUUACAAUAUUAGUAAUAAUAAUGUUGAUUCAAAUAAAGAAGAUGUAAAAAAUGUAGUUGUGGUAAGUCCAGAUAAAAAUAAAGAAAUUAUUUUUCCCCAAUUAGUUAAUGCAAAUAUAAUGGAUAUUAUAAAUGAUUAUGAUACGAAAAAUUAUUAUAUAAAAAAUAUGAUAGAAAAAACACUAAAAAUUAAAAGUGAAGGAGGAAAAGCAAUAGGUUCACAAUAUGAAAACUUUAUAAAUAUAAAAAAGAAUUGUACUUUAAAAUUAAAUAGUGAUAAAAAUAUGAAGAUAGAAGAUAUAAAAUUAAAUGAUGGGGAAGUAAAUAAAUCUUUAUAUGAAGAAAAUAAUAUAGAAAAUAAUGAAAUAAUAGAAAAUGAAAAGGAAGUUGAAGAUAAUGUAGUAGAUGGAGAAUAUAAAAAGAACUUGGAAUUAAAAAAUAAAAAUCGUAUGUCAGAAGAUCAAAGUAAACAGAAAAAUAGUUCUAUUAAAAGAGAGAAAAAAAUUUUCUUUUGCAAUAAUAACCUUUCAUUAAUGAAAAAUAGGAGUGCAAAAAGUUGUAUAACAAAAAAAAAGAAACAUAUAGAAAAAGCAAAAAAUAAUGAGGUACAAGAAAAAAAAAAAUAUUACAAAAGAAAUGUAAAUGAAUUAGAGAAUGUAAAUGUUAUGCUUUUAGAAAAAAUUAAAAAUAAUUAUAAAAUAAGUAUGAAAAAUGAUUCUGUUAAUAAAAAAAAGAAAAGAAGAGAAGAGAUAUAUGAGUUUGAAAAUGAUGAAAUAAGUAAAAAAUUAGAAAAUGAAAAUAUAGACAAAAUUAAAUUUAUUCAAGAAUGUGAAAAAAAGUAUAAAAAUAAAGAAAUAAUUGAUAAAGAAAAAAAAUACAUGUUAUCUGUAGACACGUUGUAUAAUAAUAAUUUUAACAUUUUAGAUAUUAAAGUAAACACCCAUUUUUCUCAUAAUUAUCAUAUUUCAUUAUUUUUUUUAUGUAAAUAUACUUCUUACAAUUUAUUUUUACACCCGUUAAAUAAAAAUGAACACAUUGUUUCAUAUGUAAUAUUAAACUGUAAAAACGAUGUACUCACUGAUAAUGGAAACUAUUUUGUGUUGAGAUAUCUUUUAUCUUUUUUAAAUAGUAAGUUAUCGAGUUUGAGAAAAUGCUAUGCUAAUGCUCUUUAUAACUCUUAUUUAUUGCAAAUACCUGUCAGAAUAUUUCGUCAUAAUAAUUUGAAAACUAAAUAUAGUCCUAAUUAUGGGAUAAGAUAUGAUGGAAUUUAUAAAAUUGUCAAUGCAUUUACUAUAAAUGAUUAUUCUACAUAUGAAUAUAAAAGAGAUAUUCUUUAUGUUUUUAAAAGAUUAUAUGUUGAUAAAUGCUUUAUUCCUAAUAGUAGCUAUAGAUUUUUUGAUAAUAAAUCUUACAGAAAAAAACACUUAAUUGAUAAAAAUGCUGUUUCAAUUGAUGUAUUUUUAAAUAAAGAAAUUAUUAUGACUUUAAAAGUUCCUUACUUAAAAAAUUAUAAAUCAACUACUUUUACUAAUUUUAAUCACAUUUAUAAAUUUAUAAGAAAAAAGUGUAUUCAAGAAAAUUUGGCUACUGAGUGGAUAAAUGUAGAUGUAAAACAGUAUGAAAAUUGUAAAAAAAGAAUCAGAGAAGAAAAAAGAAAAAAAGAAGCUGAAGAAAAAAUAAAACAUCUAUCAAAUAAAAAAGCAGAAAAUGAAAAUGAUUCACUCAUAAAUUAUUCAAAGAAUAGUAGUAAUAAUGGUAGUAAUCAAAUAAAAAAUAGUAAUAAGGUAGGUAAGAUGGAAGAAUUUAAAAAUAAGAAAAAAAUUAUAAUGAGAAAGGAUAAAAAAAAUGAGAUGAAUUGUAAUAAUAAUAAUGUAAAUAAAAAUAAAAGUAUUGUUGACGAAUUUCCAUUUUGGUGUUCAGGAAAAUAUUUGCCUCUUGUGUUAAUUUUAGAAACAUUAGAUUUUGAAAAGGAGAUAAAUAUAAAGCAAAGAAUUAGAACAAAAAAUUUGAAAAAACUAAAUAUCUCUACAAAAAGGACAGAGAUAGCAAUAAACUGUGAAAUGGCAAAGAGACCAGCACAUUUAUUCAUACCAAUAAAAAGUAAAGAAGCUAUAUCAGCACAUAUUGAAUUAAAAAAACCUUUUAGUGAUACAUGGAACCCUUAUGAAGAUUUAUCUGCAGGCAAAGAAAAAUUUAAAAUUCCUGUAGAAAAUAUAGUAGAUGAUUCAUUGCCCCCAAUGAAUUUUACUUAUGUUAAUAAAACAAUAUUUUUCUCUAGAUUACCUCCUUAUAAUCUCCUUCCUUUAUGCUCUGGAUGUGCCCCAAAAAAUUAUAAUAAAAAAGAUUACGAUGAAUUAUACAUUAAUGGAUAUUGUAAAGGAUUAAGACAUAAAAGAACUAAUAAAAUAUAUUGCGAUGGAAAUAAAAAUUAUGAUAUUAACGAUUUUAAUGUUCUAGCUGCGUGUUCAGGGAAUUGUUUAUGUGAUCCUUUAAAAUGUACUAACAAAUUUCCUGAAGGAUUACAUUAUCCUGUUAAGGUUGUAAAAACCAAGGAUAUUGGAUGGGAUAUAGUUUCAUGCUCCUAUAUUAAGGCAAAUUCCUUAAUUAUGCAUUAUGUUGGUGAAAUAACAACAAGAAAAGAAAUGAUUUCAAGAGAACAUGAAUAUGACAAAAAAGGCUACUUCAAUUAUUUUAUUGAAACAGCUGAAGUUGAUGAAACAUAUCCUGAUGACUGGAAAAUUCCAUGUAUUGAUGCUCUUUUUUUUUCUAAUGUUGCCCGUUUCUUAAAUCAUUCCUGUGAACCAAAUGUAAAUGUUAUUACAAUAUGGAGAGGUGACAGCUAUCCUUCUGUUGGCAUUUUUGCUUCAAGGGAUAUACACCCAAAUGAACCUUUAAAAUAUCAUUAUGGAAUAAAUUACAAAAAUAUUAAAUGUAUGUGUGCAUCUAAGAAGUGUAAAGGAUACAUAGGAUAA